AUGACAAGUCGAAUAAAUAAGAAUGAUAAUAAUAAUAACAGUACUAAUAAUAAUAUGAAUAAGACUAAUAAUAAUCAAUCAACAACAAAAUUUAAAUUGGGGGAUAAUAUACAUUUUGAAGUAUCCAAUGGUAUAUCCAAUACAAGUAAUAAUAAUACUGCUACAACUACAAACAAAAAACCAAUUAUUAAUUUAAAUUCUUCAAAACAAUCUCAAAAUACUCCAUUAAAUGAUUCAUCUGAUUCCAAACAAAAGAAAAAGAAGAAUUUAAAAAGUAAUAAAUCAUCAACUAAAAUAUCAACUUCACAAGCUCAUUUAAAUAAUCCUAAUGAUGACUAUCCUACUUCAAGAGUCAUAAAACAAGCUCCAAAUGGUGAUGUAAUUGUUGAAAAAAUGGAAAAUGAAGAUGAAGAUGAAGAAGAAGAGGAAGAAGAUGGAUCAGAGGACGAAGAUGAAGAUAUUGAUCAUCAACAACACAAUCAUCAUCACCAUCAUCAUCAUCAUCACCAACAAGGUAAUAAUCUCAAUAAUCUAAAUAAGAAUGGAACCCAUCAUCCGAACAACCAUAACGUAAAACGAAAUAGCCAAGAUGCUCAUAAUAGUUUAUGGGAUUCUGCAUCAAUUGAAGAACAAGAAAAGUUAAAAGAGUUUUGGGAAUCAUUAGCUGAGACUCAAAAAUUAGAACUUGUUAAAAUUGAUAAACAAUCAAUAAUGAAAAUGUUUAAAAAUGAAACAAGACAACAUUUACAACAACUUUCACAGCAACUGAAUAAUAACAUGUCAAACAAUAAUAACUCAAACAAUUGUGCUUGUAAAUAUUGUGGAAGAAGAAAUAAUAUAAUAGAAGAAGAAUUGGAAAGUAUUUAUGAUAAUCAUUUUGAUGAUAUUAUUGAUUUCAUUCAUGAAGUUCGAGAUAUAAAUGAUUUAAAUGCAUUACCAGGUUUAUUAUUUGGAGGAUUUCAUAUGUUGGAAGAAGAAAGGAGAUUACAAAAACGAAAACAAAUUCAUAUUGAAAAUUUAGAAAUGGCUAAAAAUUCAAAUCAACGUAAUCAAUCUCAAAUUGAAGAAAUUAGAUCACAAAUGGAUAAAUUAAAAAUGGGUCCAAAACCUUCAGGUCAAUCAAUGAGUGCAUCAAAUAACAAUUCAUCAUCAUCUACCGGCAACACUACUACAAUUGGACAAAAUAUUAAUCUACAUUCCAAAAAUCAAACUCCACUGAAACAACCUCAUGCAAAUGUUCAAAUAAGUGCAACUUUCCAAAGUUCAAAUCCUGCAGAAACUCAAUUAUUUAAUAAAUUACUUGAUCCUAAAUUAUUUGAAGCAUUAGAAAGUUUAGAUUUACAAAAGAUGAAAGAAGUUUCACAUUUUGAUCCUAAAAAUGCAGCACAUAUAAACAUGUUGGAAAAAGCAGGUUCAUUAAGAGAAAUUGUACGUGAUUUACAUAGUGUUGAUCGUAAUCAUUUGGAAAAAGGAAUGUCAUAUGUUCAAAAUAUGGGGAAAUUUUUUUCAAAUAUUGCAAAUUUAGAUCCAAAUAAUCCUGAAGAUGCAGAAAAAAUAAUGGCUGGUCAAUUAAAUGAACAAUUUAAUCAAGGUCUAUCAUCUUUUGCAGAAGAUUUAUUGAAAAAUGAUGGUGACUCUUUCAUUAGUAUGAUGGAAGCACUUUCAGAAUCAAGAUCUGCUCGUGAAGAGUUAUUAAAAGAAAAGCCAACCCCAACAAUUUUGAAUCAAUUACAACAACAAUUACCACCACAAUCUACUCAAUCUCAAACGAAACAAGCUCAAAAAGCUCAAUCACGUUGGGUUGAUGAAGAUGAUGAACAUACUCAUUAUCAUUGCACACACCACCAUCACCACCAUCAUCAUGAUGACGAUGAUGAAUAUGACGAAGACGAUGAUGAUUACGAUUAUGACGAUGAAGAUGAAGAAGAUGACGAAGAUGAUUUAGAUGACGAAGAUUUAGAAGAUGAUGAUAUGGAUGAUAAAGAUGCAAGUGAUACAGAGUCAGAAAUAUCAGAAGAAGAAAAAAUGCAAGAAAUUCGUCGUUUAUUUUUAAUUCAAGUUAUAAAAUUAUUUCAAGAAAGAUUGAAAAGUGCUUACAAGGAGAAAGUGUCAAAAGAUAAUACUCAAAAAUUAAUUGAGGAGUUGGAAGAAGAAGAAAAAGCCAAAAAGGAACGUGAAGCCAAAAAAAUGAAACAAAGGGAAAAAGCUAAAGAAAAGAAAAGGCUACAACAAUUGGCUAAAGAAGAAGAAAAAAAGAAGAAAGAAGAGGAAGCUAAAAAAGUUGAAGAGCAAUUAAAAGCACAACAAGAGAAACUCAAAUUGGAACAAAAGAGGAAAAAAGAAGAAGCUAAGUUGAAACGUGAAGAAGAAAAGAAAAAGAAAUUGGAAGAUGCCAAGAGGAAAGAGGAAGAACAUAGGAAAAAAGUUGAAGCUCAACGAAAACGUGAAGAAGAAGCCAAGAAAUUGAAAGAAGAGCGUCGUAAGAAAGCAGAUGAAGAAAGAAAAGCUAAAGAAGAGGAAAGGAAACAAAAGGAAUUGUUGAAAAAACAAAAGGAAGAAGAAAGAGAACGUUUAAGAAUAGCUCGUGAAAAACAAUUGGCUCAAGAAGAAGAACAAGCUGCUGCUAAUGCAAGUUCUUCUGCCACUAUUGCAACUGAAAGAUCAAGAGAACAAAGAUAUUCAAACCGUUCUUCUUUAGUUAAUGAUAUUGAUGAUGAAGAUCUUGUUAGACAAAUUGAAGAAGAAAAAUAUAAACUUUUAAAUGGUUCAGCAAUUGCAAAUUCGACUAAUCAACAACAAUUACCACCACAACCUCAUCAAAUGUAUCAAGCAAGACCAAGUUCACUAUCAAGUACUUCUUCUUCAAUUGCAUUAGGUCAAUUACCAUCAGCAAUUAAUAAUCCAGUAUCUCAACAAUCACAAGCUUUUAGUAGUGAUUUUGGUAGUUCAACAUUUUUAAACCAACCAACAAUUCUUUCACCACAAACUGCACCAAUUAAUUUAUUUAAUGGAGUUUCGACGGCUAAUCCAAUAUCAAAUGUUUUACCAUUAAGUAAUAGCAAUUCGAUGUCCCCAUGGUCAGCAAAAUCAAGAUUAAAUUCAGUUUCUAAUAAUUCAGCACCACCUUUCUUAUCACAACCAAGUUCAGAUGGUCAAGCACAACAACAACCACCACCACCACCAAUAAAUCAACAACCACAGCCACCACAUCCGCAAUUACCACAACUUCAUCAAAAUUCUCAAUCUCAAACUAAGUUCAGUCCAUUUAAUUCAUUUGAUGAUCCCACUGUUAAUGAUCCAUUUAUGCCAACCCCGUUAAGUGGAACUUCAAAUAUUUGGAAAUCAAAUGCCGCACCUGCACCGUCUGCUGCAACAGCUCCAAGAAAUAAUUCAAUUUGGGGUAAUACUUCUACUAAUGCAGCAACACCAGCUGAUUCAUCAUUUUUAAAUUCAAAUUUAAAAUCAAAUUCAUUCUGGAGUAACAACAAUACUAAUAAUAAUAACGGUGGAGGUAAUACAUUACUUAAUAAUUUGAAUAAUACUACAACCACCACUAAUGGAGUUAAUCAAAAUGAAAUCGAAUUAAUUCAAUCAACUACCUUUAAUUGUUAUCAAUUAUUAUCGAGUUCAAAUCAAUUAGAAUUUGGAGUUGCACCAUUAGUUUCAAUUUUCCAAAAUGUUCAAACAGUGACAAACAAACCUCAAUUAUCAAUAAAUCAAUUUUUAAGUUGUUGUCAAUCAAAUUCAAUUUAUCAAUUUGAUUUCAUAUAUGAUGAAUUUGGUUCAGUAUCUCAUUUGAAAGUUGGUCUAACUCCUAAUUUUAUCAGAUCAUCACCAUCAAGUAUACCAACAAAUUUAAAUAAUCAAUUACCUUCUUCAACAACACCCCAACAACAACAUCAACAAUUACAACAACCACAAUUUAAAUCGCAAUCGAAUUUUAGUUUAGGACAAAAUGUUGUACCACCUCCUCCACCUGGAUUUAAAAAAAAUUCACCACCUGGUUUAUUUAAUGAUAAUCAAUUGUUAAGUACUAUAAAUGAAUUAAAUAAUAAUCAAUCGGUACAAAAUAAUGGAUUUAAUAAUGGUAUUUGGAAUUGA